CAGUCGAUCUUGAGAUACGACGAGAUACAGAACGAAAUGGAAAUAAGCAAGCUGUCGAUCGUCAAAUUUUUCGAAAUGGCGCUGUCGGCCAUUUGCAUAGGAUUUCACUACAGAAGCAGGACCAAUGAUUUCGACUGCGACACAGUAUCUGCAGUGGCAUUCGGAGGCUUCAUAAUCAUCUCUUCUGGUAGUUUCAUAGGGCUUCUCAUGAACGCCCCCAUCAACCGAAAGGUCGACACAUUCUACAGCCUGGUGGGGUGCGCUGUUUUCGUCGCUGCGGGAUCGUUAAACAUCGAUUUUUUUGAACACUUCACCCGGUCGGAAUGGAAACAUUACGGAAUAGCAAAAGGCAUACUGGCUAUCGUUAAUGGAGCAGUUUUCGUGCUGGAUUCAGUCCUUACGUGGAGAGAAGGCGUUUAA